CGCUGCACACACUGAGCAGGCUCAGCUGCCUCCGUCCUGGGCGCUACUGUACUUGCUGGCGGCUUGCAGGCUAUCGCUGAAGCAGGAGCUGGGACUCGUGGUGCGCUCCGGCUCACUGCGGAUGGAGCCCCCCGGAUUACUGGAGGGAGCCUACAGGACCUGAUGACCCAGGGGAUCUUAUUGUACUGCGGGUGGAUAUUGCCAGGGAUUGUUUUAAGAGCCCGGCCCGGGAGGGUGCUGUACAAGGACACCAGGGCAGAGAGGAGAGGGGCGUGAGAGAGAAGCUCCUACCUCACAUAGUGUCCAAUUGGAAGGACUGUGCAUUCUGUUCCGGACGACCUCACCCCAGAGGAGCAGCAGGAGCUGGAGAACAUCCGCCGCCGGAAGCAGGAGCUGCUGGAAGACAUUCAGCGUCUGAAGGAUGAGAUAGCAGAGGUCACGAAUGAGAUUGAAAACCUGGGAUCCACUGAAGAGAGGAAAAACAUGCAGAGGAAUAAACAGGUGGCCAUGGGCCGUAAGAAAUUCAACAUGGACCCCAAAAAGGGGAUCCAGUUCCUGAUCGAGAACGACCUGCUGAAGAACACCUGCGAGGAUAUCGCGCAGUUCCUCUACAAGGGCGAGGGGCUGAACAAGACCGCCAUCGGGGAUUACCUGGGCGAGAGGGAUGAUUUCAAUAUCCAGGUUCUUCAUGCCUUCGUGGAGCUGCAUGAAUUCACAGACCUGAACCUGGUGCAGGCUCUACGGCAGUUCCUGUGGAGUUUCCGGUUGCCCGGAGAGGCACAGAAGAUUGACCGCAUGAUGGAGGCCUUUGCCCAGCGCUACUGCCAGUGUAAUCCUGGGGUCUUCCAGUCCACAGACACCUGCUACGUGCUGUCCUUCGCCAUCAUCAUGCUCAACACCAGCCUGCACAACCCCAAUGUGAAGGACAAGCCGUCCGUGGAGCGAUUCAUCGCCAUGAACCGGGGCAUCAAUGAUGGGGGCGACCUGCCUGAGGAGUUGCUCCGGAACCUGUAUGAAAGCAUCAAGAACGAGCCCUUCAAAAUCCCAGAGGACGACGGCAAUGACCUCACGCACACCUUCUUCAACCCCGACCGCGAGGGCUGGCUGCUGAAGCUCGGAGGUGGCAGAGUAAAAACCUGGAAAAGAAGAUGGUUCAUCCUCACAGACAACUGCCUUUAUUACUUCGAGUACACCACUGACAAGGAGCCCAGAGGGAUCAUCCCCCUGGAGAACCUGAGCAUCCGAGAAGUGGAAGACUCCAAGAAGCCAAACUGUUUCGAGCUCUUCAUCCCCGACAACAAGGACCAGGUGAUCAAGGCCUGCAAGACGGAGGCGGAUGGGCGUGUGGUGGAGGGCAACCACACCUUCUACCGCAUCUCCGCCCCCACCACCGAGGAGAAGGACGAGUGGAUGAAGUGCAUUAAAGCUGCCAUCAGCAGAGACCCCUUCUACGAGAUGCUGGCAGCCAGGAAGAAGAAAGUGUCCUCAAUGAAGAGGCACUAGAUCCACGCUGGACAUUUUUGCACUUGUGGGACUCGUGCUGUGUUGAGCUACUCCUCCUCUGAGUAGCGGACCUAGUUUUAGAACUGGGGAGGCAUGUUUUGGGGGGUCAGAGGCGGGGUUAGACUUGGGGGAGGUAGGUGGAACAGAGGCGGGCAGGGUGGCUUGCUGCUUCUCUGCUGAUCUGGACUACUGGACACUUCUCCUGGGCCUCUCUGCCUUCACACCCGCCUGCUUCGUUGCCCAGGGGGUUGUCUUCACUCCUCUGUUUCUCUGUCCUCUGGGUGAAGCUGUGGUUCCUCAACCCCUCCAGAGCCCAAGCUCUCUGUCCAAACAUCCAGCCUCACACAUACAACCCCCCUCGUUUGUCUUUUCAACUCAGCAGGUCUGACUGAAUGUGGCACCCCAACCAAAAUGUUCUAAAUUGCUUAGAAAGAAUGAAAAACUAAGUUGAACAGAUUUUUUUUUUGCUCUUGUGUACAGAUAUACAACAUGCAUCUAUUUUUUCAAGAGGCCGCACCCUUAUUUUUACUUUUCAGGAGGGUUUUUUCAAAGUGGACUUUUGCCAGAAGCUUUUGUGAUCUUAAGGAUUUUCGUUGUAAACUUUCAGGAACUUAAGUUCUGUUUUGUAUUUCUGUUGUUAGUUUUUAAAAUUUUGUUUCUGUUCACUUGAGACUAUUUUUCUUGCUUCCUCAUGGGAGAGUGCUUUUUCUUGAAACGGAAGGGUCUUUUGAAACGUGUGGAGACGAGGUUAGAAAAAUAGAGAUCCAAGCUUGAGAGUUGCUUGGAGUUGUUUGAACAGAAAUGUGCCAUCAAAGCCAAAUUUCUCUUGUUAAAUUUGACAACUCUUGAAAGAUCCCUUAUUUAUCAAUCCUAACUCGAUAAUGAUUGAAAUGCCAAAGUAGCACAGAGGACUGCUUGUACAAGUUCAGGUAGAAAUAAGAAGAUAGGGAACGAAUCUCCACACCCUCUCUUUGCCUGCUCUGAGUUCAUGUGGGAUUCUGGUCAAACUGGAGUGUGCGGUUCAUCUUUCUGUGGCUUCUGCUGGAACAUUGCUCUUCAGUGCUACCAUCCAGGUGCAAUGGGCUACAACACAAGCACAGAAGCUGCAGAGGAAUUGGAAUAUGGAGGAAAAUUAAUGGGGAAAAAAGGACAAAGGAACAAGUGGUUAAGACAGAUUUAGCUAGUUGUCUGACAGUGAAUUUCAUUGAAGUUCAUAACCUACGCAACAUCGAUUGCGAACAUGGGCUGGCAUUCAGGUCCCUGCUCGAUGCUGGAGAACCACUGUCGGCAGGGUUCAGCUUGUUUUACCCUUUCAGUCAAAUCGGAUCUUUCCGAUUGCUUUUGGCCAGUUGAAGCUGAGGUGGGGAAAGGCCAGUCACAGAGGAGAGUGCUGGGUUUUCACAGACUGUGACUGGAAUCCUCACUAGCUGGAGUAGAAGUAGAAAUGGCAGUUUUGUUUUUUUCCCUUACUCUUUUCGGUAGGAGCUGUGGAUUUGCCAAAUGUAAAGACUGUUUGAGGCUGAAUUCCUUUUGCCUCCUGUCCAGACCAGACCUCUCUGCUCUGUAAUAUUUCAGCCAGAAUCCUCUCAACCCCUUCUCCAGCCUGGUUCAUGUGCCUUUUCCUGACCCUGAGCACUGGGGCAGCGCCAGUCAGCCUUUCUCGUCACAGACUGCCUCAUGGUCUCACAGACUGUCCUUUUCUGUUGAAUUUUGUAUAUUGCCAUAAACAAAAUUAAAAAAAACAGCAAGUGAGAUUUUCAUAGAGCUGUUCAUAAAACAAUUUACAAAGUUGUUUCUUCACCUCUCUGCUACUCUUGAGUAUGUCUAGGGAGACAUAGGAGCCACAAGUGCUGUGUACCUGAGUCACUCCUCUCUCAUUGGAGUCCCUAAUCAUGUCCCGACUAAUCAUCCCCUGUGCUCAUUUGCAUUUUACAUCCUUGGGGCAGCUUCCCUAAAGGUUUGUGCUUGUACUGGCUAAUCACAGCCAUCCAAAACACAGUAUUUUUAAAACAAAGAGUUUUGCUACACAAUAAUGCUCUUUUAGGUUGUUUAAAAUAUCUGGGUAAUAUUUUUUUGUCCAGCCGAAAACUCUUAGCCUCCUUAUAAGGCAAGACAGAGACGAUUUAACUUAAAGUGGUUUAGUACAUCCUGUUUUUCCCCCCGCGUUGUGACACUUAGUUCGUUUUAGUCUUGUAUGGAGAGCUUGCACGUGAAGGAGCUUCUUAAAAUAUCAUGUCGGCUGUAUCCUGCGUUCAGAAGACCUUCUUCAACUCUGCUUCUCCAGCUAGAAACACAACGCGGCUGAAAAAAGGGCAGGAUUCAAGAAAAAAAAGAUGAAUCUUCAAACAACCAGUCCAGUUAAGGUCAUUUUGCCCCCCCAAAGUGCUUUGGUAUGUCACAUUAACUCCAGCUUGGUGGAAAGAAAGAAAUGAUUGGUCUUGACUGUAUAAACAUGAAGCAGUGAGGUUCCCCUUUUAAUCGCACUGCAUUUAUUGGUUCUGUUCCCUCAAAGCAUUUAGAUGCUGUCAUUUUAUUUAUUCAUUGUUUUUGCUGACUCGAAUGAGCUAGCAGAAUGAGGGGAUGCGUUGGAGACUCAAUGUGAUUGUGUUUUUUUUUUACCACUGGGAAGUCCUCAGAGCACUCAGUCCUGUUCGUGACCGCUCUGUGGCUCCCCCUGUGGGUCAGGAGCAGUCCCAGUUGCAGUGACUGUGGCUCUGGAUUGUUACCAUGGAGAUUAAUUAGCGCUGGUGGGCGGAGCCCAACCAGAUGGGUAAAACUCUGCCCCAUCUUUUCUGUAUUUCAGUCUCUAACACAGGGGCUAAACUGGAAUAUCACACAGCUGGCUGCGUCCGCGUUUUUCCCAACAGGCCAGGAUAAGAUUUUUUCAUAUACCUCACACACCUGGAAUUUUUUUUGUAUGUUUUUAUGACUCUCCCAAAGUUGUCUUGGUAGUCUGGCUUCACUUCAGUCUUCAGUUGAGUGUCGGCUGGUUUUUAGCUUCCUCUGAUGCUUCGAAAAGGUUUAGAGAUUUUAAUAAUUCUCUUGGAGAAAGAGGUUAAAUUGAACCCUGAAGUGUUUUGUCCUAAAAUAAACUGUUUUGGGGAGAGGUCAGCAGAUGUUUUUGAAAAGCCAUUCUGAUUUUUUUUUAACGUAUAUUUUACUUUCCACGUUUUGAUGCACUGGGUAUUUUAAAAGCAAAAAUAAAAUAAAAGUAACAAUUGACUAAGCAGUAUUAGUCUAUUUAUCAGAGUUGUAUAUACUUAAAUGUAUAGUUUUCCUUCUGUUUAUUUUAUAUUGUUAAAUUUUAUGUUUGUGUAUCAGUAUAUAAAGAGAAGUCGAGUGCCAGUUUUUCCUUUCCUUUGAUUUCAGACUUCUUCCUUGGCCAUGUAAUCUAGUGCUGAUGAACUGGAUAAACAAAUAAAUUUAAGAAUUGCUUAA